CACUGGCAUCAAGCUCAACGAAACUGCAGGAAUCAGCUUCAACCUGAGCUCAACUGCAAGCAGUUCAACCGCUGAUUUUGACUUAGCAACCAAAGGACCAGGAGUCAGUUUAACAACUACAGCUAACACUACCCUUGAAUAUAAAGCCACAACUUCUUCCACAACCCCUACAGCUACUACAACUAUCCAUGGCACACUUUUGCCCCAGAUUAACACUACUACUGCAAUGGUUUCCUCUAAUUCUUCUACAACAACUCUCCAAACCACCACCCUUACCAGCACAACCACAACCAUCCCUGAGACAGCUAAAAGCCAAGAUGCCCAGGAGGAAAAGGCAAACGAGCUGCUGAAUCAAACACAGGAUGCAUCUCAGCUCAACUCUUUUCAGGUCGCACAGUUGGUGGGGGAGUUGGAGAAAUUUCUGGAGGGCCCCACUGUCUCCCAGGCAGUGGGACAAAAGGUCAUCAAUGUAAUCAGCAACCUGAUGGGGGCUGACUCAGUGGCACUCUCUGCAUCUGCUAACAGGCUGAUUCAAAUGGUAGAUGCUGUGGGUCUUAAGCUGGUUGUCACAGGUGACGGAGAGAUCGUCUCUUCAGAUUCACUUGUUCUGACAGUGAGGACGGUUGAUGGGACCAACUUUCCAGCAACAUCUGUCGACAUUUUCAACACUGAUAAUGUCCAGCUCCAGACCUUCAGCAGAUCCCGGUCCAAGAGGUUGCCGUCUGCUCUUGGGUCUGUAUUCAUGCCCUCCUCCCUCACCUCGGGUCUCAGUCCUGAGCAGCAGCAGCAGGCCAGCAGGAUCCAGUUCACUUUCUACACCAAAUCUAUCCUCUUCCAGGAUGCAACAUUAGAUAACCAAACCCUUGUAAGUCCAGUCCUGAGCUCUAGUGUGGCCAAUCUGUCAAUAAGCAACCUGUCUGAGAACAUUCAGUUUACCAUCCAAAACAUUAAACCCAUAAAUGCAAACUACGUGGCCUCCUGUGCAUUCUGGGACUUCACUCAGAACGGUGGUGGAGGAGGUUGGAGCUCUGCCGGCUGCUUUGUUGUCAACGUCACAGCGGAAGACACAACCUGCAGCUGCAACCAUCUCACAUCUUUUGCAAUAUUGCUGGAUUUGUCCAGAGAGGGAAUAACUGACCGCCAGCAGGCACAAAUUCUUACUUUCAUCACCUACAUCGGCUGUGGGAUCUCUGCUGUUUUUCUUGCUGUCACUCUACUGACAUAUAUUUUAUUUCAAAAACUGCUCCGGGAUAUCCCUGCCAAGAUUCUGGUUCAGCUCUGCAUGUCCCUUCUUCUCCUCAACCUGGUCUUCUUGCUGGAUGGCUGGCUGGCGCUGUACCCAGCGAUCGGGCUGUGCAUUAGCACUGCCUUUUUCCUGCACUACUUCCUGCUGACAUCAUUCACCUGGGCGGGGCUUGAAGCCCUGCACAUGUACCUGAGCGUCAUCCAGGUGUUCACUCCCUACCUCAGCAGAUACAUGCUCAAGUUCUCACUGAUGGGCUGGGGGAUUCCUCUUAUAGUGGUGAUCAUUGUAAUAUCAGUGGACAAAGACAACUACGGCCUGGUCACGUAUGGAAAAUACACAGACGGCACUUCAGAUGACUUGCAAGUUAUGCUUAAAUUUUAAUAACCUUUUGUAAACACAGCAUUUGAGUUUUGUUAGAUUUGAGUUAGAUUUUUUUUCAACCAGCCAUAACAGAGCAAUCACUAAAAUACUUUUCCAGUAGCCUGGAUGUGUGUUAAUAAGUUUGUUUUUAACGUGUCUGCAAUUAUAUUAGAUUGGCCCAAAGGGUCUUCUUUUAUUUUGGUCAAAGGGUAGAGAAUUGGCCAACAUAGGCCAUACAUCUAAUAAAUGUAUCCAGUA